AUGGCAGACCCAACCGCCCGUCCUGACCUAUCCAAGCGCCAACUCCCCUUCAUGACUCUCGCAACAGGUGACCUCGCUUCCCUACCAGGCGCAUCCCACCGCACCGCCUCCGCCUCCGACACGGCAGAAUCCCGCUUCGCCCUCACCGGCACCGCCGUCGUGACAGGCGGCACGGGCGCCAUCGCCCACGCCGUCGUCCGCGCGAUGCUACAACACGGUCUCACCGGCCUCAUGCUCCUAGACCUAGACGUCACGUCCCCCGAAGCCGUCUCGCAAAUCGACGCCCUCCGCCGGGCCUUCCCAUCCGCCCAAAUCGCCGCGCGCAGCGCAGACGUCACGGACGAAGGGGCCGUCGCCGAAGCGAUGGAGGCCGCCGCAGCGGAGCUAAACGGGAUCGAUUACCUGGUCUGCUUCGCGGGCAUAGUAGGCUGCGUCCACGCGCUCGACAUGCCCGUCGCCCAGUUCCGCCGCGUGCUGGACGUGAACACGACCGGCGCCUUCAUCUGCGCGCAGGCGGCGGCGCGCGUCAUGGUGAGACAGAACCGCGGGGGCAGGAUCGUGUUCACGGCGAGUAUUUCUGCGCACAGGGUGAAUUUCCCGCAGCCGCAGGCGGGGUAUAAUACGAGUAAAGGGGCGUUGCUGCAGCUGAAAAGCAGUCUUGCGGCGGAGUGGGCGCGGUACGGGAUUACGGUCAAUAGUAUUAGUCCCGGGUACAUGGAUACGGUGCUGAAUGAGGGGGAGGGGUUGAGGGAGGCGAGGGAGGUUUGGGCGGGGAGGAAUCCGGCGGGGCGGAUGGGGUUGCCGGAGGAGGUUGCUGGUGUUGUUGUGAUGCUUUGUUCGAGGGCGGGGAGUUAUUUUAAUGGGAGUGAUUUGGUUGUUGAUGGGGGCGGGGUGGUGUUUUAG